CUGACCUGACAGAGAGAGAACUGCGUCUUCCCCACCACACCACAGCUGGCUGACAUCUGUCUGACCCUCCCCCAGCACUCUCCCCUCCACCGACCAUGGCGCUGUCGUCACGCUUAAAGCUGUGGGAGCAGAAGAUAAAGGAGGAGAACAAGCCGGUGGCCACUGCUGUGCCUCCACCACCUCUGUCAGCGCUGCCGGGCGGCUUCCUCAAACAGCUGGUCAGAGAAACGGAGAAGGAGACGAAGCAGAAAGAGCCAGAGGCCAAAGAGGAGCGGGCGCAGCCACACAAACUGAACAACAACCUGGUGCAGCAGUUCCUUGUUCCCGAUCAGACUCCGCCAAUCCUCGAAGCUGAGAUGUCCCUCAGGGCCGAACAAGUGGUCAAGAGCAUCAAACAGGAACGCAGCUCGGCCCAGUCGGACGGCAGGUCCUCAUCUCAGAGGCACAUCGUGAGUCCCGAACCCACACUGGUACUGACCCCAGAACCACAGCAGCAGCAACAGGACACGAGGGCCGAGAAGAAGAACAAGAGGGCGCCGCAGCAGGAGGAGGAGAGGACGGGGGAGGUGAGGAAGGAGGAGAGCAUGGAAGAGAGACAGGAGCCUGAUGGGAGACAGGCAGACACGACCGUCACAGAGCAGGAGAGGAAGCAGGUCAGGGACGUGUGGUAUGAAGCUGGAACCGUGUGGUAUGUGCACAAAGACGGCUUCACCCGUGCCACUCAUCUGAAGCCUGAUGAAGGCACACCUGAGCUCCCCGACGGCCGCGUGAGAGUCCGCCUGCAGACAGAUGCAUCGCUGCAUGAUGUCACGGAGUAUGAAAUUGAGAAGUGCAACCCGCCGGAGCUGGAUCUGUGUGAGGACCUGAGCGACCUGCAGAGCGUGAAUGAAUGUGGAGUUCUGCACACGCUGACCAGCCGAGCUAAAGCCAGCAUGCCGCUCACGCACGCCGGGCCCAACCUGGUCAACUUCUGGCCUCCGCUACAGGCACACAGCAAGACUCCAAGGUCCCGUCGGGGGGAGUCUGUGUGGGACGCUCCACCCGCCCUGGCCGCUCUGGUCAAACACGUGUACGUGUCGAUGGUGGGUUCCAGGAGAGACCACAGCGUGUGCGCCGUGGGACGCAGCGGGACCGGCAAGACCACUGCGUGCCAGGCGUUCAUCCACGCGCUGCUCAGACAGGCCGGCACCGCCGGGCAGAACGUCAGCGUGGAGCGCGUGCAGGCUAUGUUCACCGUCCUGAGGUCCUUCGGCUGCGUGAGCUCUCGGCACAGCGACGCUUCGUCUCGCUUUGCCAUGCUCUUCUCGCUGGACUUCAACCAUGCUGGGCAGGCGGCCGCCGGACACCUACAGACCGUGAUGCUGGACAAAUGGAAAGUCUGUCAGGAAACGCAGGGAGAGAGCAACUUCCUGGUUUUCUCUCAGAUGUUGGCGGGAGUCAGCUCAGAGAUGAGGACAGAACUGCAGCUGCACCAGCUUCCUGAAUCCAACUCUUUUGGUAUUGUUCAUCCCACCAAGGUUGAGGAGAAACAGCGAGCGUCCGUCGCCUUCACCAAGCUGCUGACUGCCAUGGAAACGUUGGGCUUCUCUUCCAGCGAGCAGAAGGCGAUAUGGCACGUCCUGGCUGGUAUUUACCAUCUGGGAGCUGCUGGGGCGUGUAAAGUGGGCAGGAGGCAGUUUGUUAACUUCGACAGCGCUCAGGUGGCCAGCAGCGUGCUGGGGUGCGAGGGAGAGGACCUACAGACCGCCGUCUUCAAGCAUCACCUCCGACAGCUGCUGCAGAAAGCCACCGGAGGCAGCAGAGAGCGGAGCACCGCUGCUGACGCAGAGGAGGGGCCCAGGUUGACAGCUACUCAGUGUGUUGAGGGAAUGGCUGCUGGACUCUAUGAGGAGCUCUUCAUCGCAGUAGUCUCGCUCAUCAACAGGGCCCUGAGCAGCCAGCAGCUGACGUUAGCCUCAGUGAUGGUGGUGGACACACCGGGCCUGAGGAACCCGAGACACUCUGCAGAGGAUCGAGGGGCCAGCUGGUCCGAGCUCUGUCACAACUACCUGCAGGAGAGGCUGCUGGAGCACUACUACACACACACCUUCACACACACACUGGAGAGGUACACACAGGAAAAGGUCCCAGUGGGGUUUGAGUGUCCUGAGAGCAGCCCGGCAGAGGUUGUGUCCGCUAUCGACCAGCCGCCUCCACAGGUUCGGGCAGCAGAUGGAGACGCCAGAGGUUUAUUAUGGGUUCUAGAUGAGGAGAUGGUGACACCAGCCUGCAGUGAGAACAGUGUCCUGGAGAGAGUCUGCCAGUAUCACAGCAGCACUGUGCGUCAGUGCGAGCAGCCGUUGCAGUGCGAGGUGAACCACCUGAUGGGCCGUGAACCGGUCCGCUACGACCUGACUGGCUGGUUUAGCCUGAUACAGAACAACCCAUCUGCUCUGAACGCCACCUGCCUGCUCCAAAACUCCACCGUUGGGGCGGUGAAGGCCAUGUUUACUCCCAGAAUCUCUCUGCCCCCUCUGUGCCGGGGCCUGGGGGGUCUGGAGGGCAGCAGCCAGCGCUCUCUGCAGAGAAACGGCACCAUCAGGAAAACAUUCAGCGGGGGGAUGGCAGCGAUACGCCGACACUCCCACUGCAUCGCAGUCAAAUUACAGGCAGACGCUCUGGUGAACCUGAUCCGCAGAGCUAGACCGGUGUUCCUGCAGUGUGUCAGUGCGAAAACAGACGGUGGAGCUUUUGACAUCCCAGCCCUGAGAGUCCAGCUGCACUCCACGCAGAUCCUACCGGCGCUGCAGCUCUACCGCACAGGAUAUCCAGAGCACAUGACGUUGAGCGACUUCAGGUGUCAUUUUCAGGCUUUGUCUCCUCCAAUUAUGAAACGCUAUGCUUCAAUGUUCGUCAGCCAUGAUGAGAGAAAGGCGGUGGAGGAGCUGCUGGUUGAGUUGGAUCUGGAUAGAAAGAGCAUUGUUGUUGGGGCCAGCAGGGUGUUUAUGAAGCGAGGUGUGCUGCACUACCUGGAGCAGCGCAGAGACCAGCAGGUCACGGGCUGGUUGGUCCACCUACAGGCUGCCUGCGUGGGACAUUUGGCCCGCCAGAAGUACCGUAAACUAAAGGUGCAGCAGAUGGCUGUCAGCUGUCUGCAGAGGAACCUGCGAGCUCUGAGGGUUGUGUCCAGAUGGAGCUGGUGGAAACUUUUUUGCAAAGUGCGUCCUCUGCUCGACGUCAACAUGGACAACGAGAGGCUCCGUGUCAAAGAGGAUGAGAUUUCCACUCUGAGACGUCGCCUGGAGAAAUCAGAGAAGGAGAGGAAUGAGCUGAGGCAAACUGCAGACAGCCUGGAAACCAAGAUCACAGCUGUGACAUCUGAGCUGAGUGAUGAGCGUUUCCGUGGUGAUGCAGUUGGUCAAGCUCUGGAUGUGGAGAGGGCAGAGAGACUUCGGCUCUUCAGGGAGAACAGAGACCUGCAGGCUCGUCUAGACCAGUGUAAAGUCACCAUGGAAACCCUGGAGAAGCAGCUCGAGGAGGAGAAACACAAGGCUCGGCUCGCUGAGAAUCAGAGAGGAGCAGGCACAGAAAGUGAGCUGGCCAUGCAGCUGGAGUGCUGCCAGACAGAGGUUGAGUUUGUCCGCAGACGACUGAAGCAGACGGAAGAAAAACUGGAGACGGAGAGACAGACCCGACAGCAGCUCGAUGCCAAGGUGGCGACACUGCAGGCCCAUCUGGAUCAGUCCAGGAGGAGUGUGAUAGAACUGAAACGUCACUGUCGCCGCGUGACCUCUGACCUUCAGGAUGCCCAGGUUCUCACUGACAGCCUGCAGAGUCGCAUGCAUGAGCUGGAGCGCAAACAGAGAAGGUUUGACAAUGAGUUGACUCAGGCUCUGGAGGAAGCUGACAAUGAGAGAGAGCAGAAGGACAAAGCCUUUCAGGAAAACACAGCUCUGGGGGUUGAAGUGUACACUCUGCGCCGCAGCCUACAGGAGAACCAGUCCGAGGUGGAUCGUCUCCAGAAGCAGAAGGAGGAGUUGUGCGCUCAGAUCCGUGACCUCAGCCUACCUGUCGAUCUUACCAGGGAUUCACUACCCGACCUGAAGAAACAGCUUCGCCUGCUGGAGAGCCAGGCCAGCGAGAGGGCGGAGGACAUCGCCAAGCUCACAGCCCAAAUACAGCAGCAGCAGCAGAUACAUAUGCGCUUCGAGAUGGAGAUGGAGAGGAUGAAACAGAUCCAUCAGAAGGAGUUGGAGGAUAAAGAGGAAGAGUUAGAGGACGUCCACAAGUCGUCGCAGCGACGGCUCAGGCAGUUGGAAAUGCAGUUGGAGCAGGAGUACGAGGAGAAGCAGAUGGUGAUUCACGAGAAGCACGACUUGGAAGGACUCAUCGCAACCUUGUGUGAUCAGGUUGGGCACAGAGACUUCGAUGUGGAGAAGAAGCUGAGGAGAGAUUUAAAGAGGACUCACGCCCUGCUGGCUGAUGCCCAGCUGCUUCUGGCCACCGCCAACAGCUCAGGGCAGGACGCGCCCGACGGCACCAAAGACCAGAUAGAGCGCCUGCACUAUCAGCUGGAGGAGAGCGAAGCGAGGCGGCUCGAGGCCGAGAGCCUUCAGACGACUGUCUCCCAGGAGCUGGAGAACACUCAGAUCGAACUGGAAAAUAUCUGCAAGCAGAAGAGUAUGGUGGACGAGCAGUUAGCGCUGCUGCAGCAUGAAAAGGCAGACCUGCUCAAGAGGCUGGAGGAGGACCAGGAGGACCUCAACGAGCUUAUGAAGAAGCACAAAGCCCUCAUAGCUCAGUCCUCCAGUGAUAUUUCCCAGAUCAGAGAACUACAAGCUGAGCUGGAGGAGGUGAAGAAGCAGAAGCACUCCCUUCAAGAACAGCUCCAGCAGAGUGCGUUGAGGGUGCAGUUCCUGGAGUCAUCCACCGUGGGGCGUAGCAUUGUCAGUAAACAGGAGGCUCGCGUAUGUGACCUGGAGAAUAAACUGGAGUUUCAGAGAGGUCAAGUCAAGAGGUUUGAGGUGCUGGUGUUGCGUUUGAGGGACAGCGUGGUUCGCCUCGGAGAGGAGCUGGAGCAGAGCGCCCAGACUGAAGCCCGGGAGAGAGAGAACGCCCGCUACUACCAGCAGCGGCUGCAGGACAUGAGGGUGGAGAUGGAGGAGCUGACCCAGAGAGAGCAGGAGAGCGGCCGCAGGCGCAUGGAGCUGGAAAUGCAGGUGGAGGAGCUGAGCGCCGUCAGACACACGCUGCAGGCCGACCUGGAGACGUCCAUUCGCCGCAUCGUGGACCUGCAGGCCGCUCUGGAGGAAGUGGUGUCCAGCGACGAGAGCGACACAGAAAGUGUGCAAACAGCUGUGGAGUCGUUAACUCGAAAGAAAGACCUUGACUCGGUGUCCAGCGUUGGUUCUGUUGGGACAGAGGACGUCGGGGAGGGAAUCCGUCGCUGGCUAGGCGCGCCCAGAGGAGGGUCCCGCAGCGGCGGCUCCCCCUACGGCAGCCAAACCGGGCGCCAGUCCGUUGCAGACUCCAUGAGCACUUUGAGCUUCCGUUCCUGUGUGGAUCCUGAUGACGAGGGUCUCGCGGCCGGAGCAGUUGGUACCAGAGGCCUCGGCCGGGCCCCGUCCUCCUCGGCCCUGUCCGAGCUGCUGGACGGGCUCCGGAAGCGCAGAGCAGGCGCCGAUGCAGGAGACGGGUCGGGCAGCGCGGUGUCCCUGCCCGUUUACCAGACCACCGCAGCCUCCACCCUCCGGCGGAGAGCCUCAGCCUUGUCCCUCGGUUCCGAGGACCUCCAGGAGCCGCGGCCGGGCCCGAGCAUCCUUAAACCGCCCUCGCCUCUUCUGCCACGUGCCGCCAGCUCUCGCUCCAUCGCGGACCCUCAGUCCCCGACCGGCGCCUCCGCGCCUGGACCCAAACCCUACCGCUUCAGCUCCAGUGAUUCCGUGUCUUCGCUUCCGUCGCUGCCGCGCCUCUCGUCACUGGCUUCGUCCCUCGCCGCCCGCCACCCCCCCCCCUCCCUGUCCAUCCCAGAGGAGGACAUGGAGGAACCCCUUCGCUCCGUUUCCACUCCAAUCAAGCGCUCUCCUCAACCGCUGCGCCGGUGCAUGCUGGGGAAUUAUGACGCAGAAGAUGGAGCCGAGGGCUCUCUGGGUUCAGAACCCAUGGUGUUCCAGAACCGCCGUCUGGCUGGGGACAGCCGGGACGACGCCGCCUCCGACAUCCUCCCUGCCAUCCGGCGAGCUCAGUCCACCAGCAGCUUAGCCAGCUCGGUCAGGGGCAGCAGGAGGGCGCUGAGCGUCCACUUUGGAGACCUGCCUCCCUCCACGCGCAGCAGAAAAAGCUCUGAAACGGAGUCGUCCAGCUCGGGAGGGUCGGGAGGGAGUUCCCAGAGCGGGGCACCAAGGCGGCGCUUCCAGAGACCGCAGGGAGAAAGACUGGAGGCCGAGGGCAGCGAGGGGGGAGACGUGGCCUCAGUCAUGAAGAAAUACCUGAAGAAGGAGACCGACUGAGCCACAUCGGGGGAAGUCUCAGCCUCUUGGAGUGUCCGUGUCCAGCUGUGAGCUUCCCAGGAAGACUGAACGCUGCAGGAGCGCCGGCGGAGGCUGAGAGGAACACUUCAGACGUCAACAAGGCUUCUUCCACCCUCCAUUCUGAUAGAAAAGGCACCUGAAAAUGCAUUCGUUCAGUCCACAGCCACUCAGCUGUAUUUUCAGAUAAGCACUGUUUAUACGAAUAAAAAAUUCAAUCAGC